CCUGCGCACCAAUUUUUCAUUUCCGGUAGAGUUGUCAACUUUCAAUUUUAGAGUUGGCACAAUCAACGAGAGGGAUUGGAGCAGUGAAAAUGUCAAUUCAUAACAUACUCAUCAGUAGAACUAGUGAUGGUCUUCUACUGACUGCCAACACAGAUGCUAGAACAUGUAGCGACCCUGAGGAGCUGAAGAAGAGUUUUAACCAGGCCAAGUUACUGGCCAGAAUUAGUGCGAGAAUUCCUGACCGUGCAACAUACGUCAUGGAACAGUUUACAAUACACAUGAUAUCUGCCUUGAAUUUGACGUACCUAGUCAUCUGUGACAGUAACUAUUCAAGUGUGUUAGCAUUUGCCUUCUUGGAUGAAGUUCAGAGAGAAUUUCUACAGAGCAAUGAGAGAGAUUAUGUGGAAUCUGUAACAAGGCCUUAUGCUCUUAUACAGUUUGACACAACCUUACAGAAAAUUAAGCAUAGAUACAACAGCUCUCGGUCUCUGUACAACAAGUUAAACCUAUCACAGCUUCAGGAGGAGAUUAGGCUCCGCCCACCUCACAUGAUCACGCCAGAGGAGCUCCGCCCAGGGGGAGGGGCAUCUGCCAAUUCUGUCAACUCCACAGAUUCCCAGACUCACUUCACUCUAGCCAUUCCGAAGCGGUAUGGGAAUUACCUGCCUGUAAACCUCCUGGUGCUCGUGUCUCUAUGUCUGAAUGCUUUAUGUGCUGUAAUGAAUUUUACCAGAGGAGUAGCAGUCAUUAAUGAGGCACAUAUAGAAGAAUUUUCAAAAGACCAUUAUCAGAAUGCAGCAAGUUUCAUAUUUUGCAGUUUUCUCCUAUUAUUCCAAGUGUAUUUAAUGUGUUAUCCACGUAAACAGAGGAAGCCAUUAGCUUGUGCCACACUAGGGAGCGUGUGUCUAUGUCAGCUCUAUCUGUGGGAACUUCGCAACAAUGUACAGAUAUUUUUCCAUGUGACUGUGGCGUGUUUUGGAACGUUUGUGAUAUUUACUAGACCUGUACAAGAAAAAUUACCACAGUAUACUUUAUAGCAGUAACUCAAUCAGUUU